AACCAAUACAAAAGUGUAUCUGAAUCGACGAAUCUCUCAUAUACAAAAGCAGUUGCUCAAUAAAAAAAAAAAAGUUCUCUACCAUUCAAAGUAAAACCCUUUAGAUAAUAAAUCCAUUAAAACCCUUCGUUUCUCUCUACAACUUCGUUCUUCAAAUCCCACUCUCUAAUCUCCAUCCUCGUCAACAUCUUCUUCUUCUUCUGGGUUUUAAAGAUGGUCUAAACUUGAGAGAACGAAACCCUAAUUCAGUAGAUUAAGGUCGGCUUAACUCUUGAGUUUCAAGUAUGAGUUCUCGGAGGGAGAGAGUAAACACGAGAAGUUUAAUGAGGGAACAACAGGUGAACAAUGCGAACGGGACACCAAGCGAACACCAGCGAGUUCACCAGAGCACUGCACAACCUCCUCCAAUGGUGCCUCAGUCUGUGUCUGCUCCUCCAAUGAUUGACUUAGAUGCGAUUGAAGACGAUGAUGUUGUUGAAUCAACUGCAUCUGCGUUUAAUCGAGCUAAAAGACACAAAUCGGGAGGCGCGCGUCGAGGAUCCUCAGUAGUUGAUGUAGAGUCAGGUAGUACUACUACUAGAACAAAGGAAAACCGCACAAGGUCUAAAUCUGAGCCUAACGUUUCGAGAAAGUCGUCUAAGGCCGUAGCUACUGUAGAGGAACCAAAGUUUAACUGUCCGAUAUGUAUGUGUGCAUUUACCGAAGAGGUUUCAACAAAGUGUGGUCAUAUUUUCUGCAAGAGCUGCAUUACUAGCGCCAUAUCUUGUCAAGCUAAGUGCCCUACGUGUCGGAAAAAGGUCACUGCUAAAGACCUCAUUCGAAUCUUCCUUCCAGCCACCACAUAAACAUCACACCAGGUUAAAGUCUCGAGACUGGUUUAGGAACAGUGAAGACAAUGUUGUUCAUGAGUUGUCUUCUUUAAUUUGUAAUGUGAAAAUCUUUCUGCUAAGUGAGAGAAAAACGUUUAGGGAUUCAUUGAAGACCUGUUUUUUUCAAUGGAUAUCAUCAGUAUUUUAAUUGUCUGAGUGACUCUGUAGUGUUAAGAUAUUAUAUCUUGGGGAAGUUAAUGUUGAAUCUUAUAAUCCUACUUGCACUUUUUUUUGGGUCUUUGAAACAACUCUGUAGUGUGUUGAGUUGUUUUUAUAUCUAAACCAAAUUGAACCGGACCACCAAAAAAAAAUUCGAAUAAAUUGAAUAAUAAAACAAUACCGGUGGUAUAUCGAUAAAACCAGGAGGGGCAUUAUGUAUUGAGAACCGGUUUACGUAUUACCGGUGAUGGACCACCGCCGUAAAAAAUUCCGAACAACAAUAGCUGAUGAUGAUGCCCAAAGCCUACCAAAAUCGGAGGAUGAAGUCAUCAACAUCGUGAGAGCCUUUUCUUCUUCUCUUCUGCAACAGUCAUCUUAACCGAAUCUGCACGAAACUUUCCAGUUUUCAAAGUUUCGACCUGAGUAUUACCGCCGACGAUACUUCCCGUCUCGGAAACAGAGAUCCUCCCAUGGCGUUCGAAGGAUUUCCUCCUCUAAUCGCGGACCAGCUCCACUACUUACUCAAUCACUCUCCUGAUUCCAUCAAGAUGGAAAAUGUGUGGUCCGGUAACAAACUCAAUCCCAAGAUCCUCGAUCGCUUUACUUUGGUGAUACCUUAUUGUCUGGACACGAUCAAAUGGGAUGUGAUUUACAAUUCAGAGUAUGCAAUGGCUCCUCCGGAUUUCAUAUUUGGGCCAGAUGAUGAAGGUUUUAUGCCAUGUAGCAGCGCUACUGCACCUCAUGAUGGUCAGACAUCGUUAUUGUCUGAGUGGAAUAACCAGGACGCGACACUGUUACUUGUUCUCAUUCAAGGAUUGAGGGAUCAAUAUGUGGCCUACCAACAAAAGCGUGUUGGUCAAGUUGAUGAUGAUCGCGUCAAGUUUGAGAUAAGCACUGUUUUAACUCGCAAGGGAAUUGAAAUGCAAAUGAUUUCAGGAGGUGACAAGCCAGAGGAAGUCAAGUUUGCAGUACCUCUUUUGAUUGAUAUGGGCAUAAACAAACUUGUGGUUGAGUGCCCUUGGAAGCAUGAGCAGAAGAUUUAUCUUCAGGUGAUAUACCCGAUUCUUCGAAAAUAUGAAUCAGCACCUUCGGCACCUCGUCUGAGAUUAGUAUCAUCUUCUGAUUUGAAAGCGCUAUUUUCUGUUGAGGAUGUUAAACUUCCUCCAUGGAUGAACGGGAUGUGCUUGGCUGAAUAUCUUCCCCAUCUCGAAGAAACCCUUGAGAGACAGAUCCUUGAAGCUGUUUCUGCAAUUGCUUCAAGAAGGGGUUUUGUUGAGGCAUUGGCUCAUUUUCUUGGAAGACCUCUUGAAGCUGAUCCUACCUUUUGCCGUAAGGCCUCGUUCCUUGGUGCCUCAGGACCAUUUACUUUUGUGGUUCACUUCUUCUUUCCAGCACAAUUUCCGAAGCAGCAACCAACUCUGAUGCUCCAGAGUUGUCAGCAUCUUAACCAAUCGAGCGUGCCGGUAAAAUCAAACCUCUUCACCAAGUACCCAUGGAGUCCCAGAUGGGAAGUGGGGCGCAUGGCUGAGCGACUAUGUGACUUCCUGACCGAUGAGGCUGUGAACUUCAAAAAAUAUUGUAACGAAGCUCUGCUCCAAUAUUAGAGAAUCUAUUGAUAAAAACUGCAGUUGCAUAUUAGAAAGAGAGUGAAGAGAAUGAAGAAGGGGUUAUGGUUUGGAAGAGUUUGAAGAAGUCCAUUGGUUUACUGUUGCUUCUGUGUAUGUGUUCAUCGACUACUGAGAGACAAAAGUUACUUGUUUAAGAGCAACAUCACGGAACUGUCUCAUCUGUUGCGCUGCUGCGAGAGUGGCUCUUGAAGAGAAGUUCAUCAGUUGUAGUUUGUUAUGUGAAUAUCUUUCUGUUUUUUUGAGAGAAGUAUCUAGGAACCAUGGAAGAUCGUUUCUUCUAUUGGAUAUCAAUCAUUGGUGAUCCGUAAUUCUUUCUUGUCUACUAAUUGUUGAGAUAUUUUUGGGAAGAUAAUUCGAAUCUUAAGAAAUCAUUUUUACAUCAUGAGCCUCUGGUACAGGCAGUUAAGUUCUCA